AUGUAAGAAUAAUAAGAAUUUCUUAAAAAUGAAAACAAACCUUUCCUUCCUCAACAAUAAUAAAUAACUCGUACUGUUCUAUAAUCGUUAAUCCAUGAGUAUCAUAUUCUCGUCAAAGGACUAACAAACUAGUAAAUAUCAUUACUAUCUUCUAGAGAAUAUUAAGACUAUUGUAAUGUUAAAGGAGCAUGUGGUUAAACUAUUCCUCUAAUAUUAAUACUACCUGUAGGUCUUGCUAUUGGUACAUUUUAACUAACUUUAUUAUUUUUUAAAAAUAUACAAGAAGGUAUUUGUUUAAUAUUAUAAAAUAUUAAAGGACCCCUAAUACCUGCUUUGAUUUAAUUUCUAUUGUUACAAACAGCAUAGACUUUGAUAAUGUAUAUGAUUCUCAAAGCUUGUGAAGUUAUUCCUAAAAAAAUAGAGAACCCUUUAUUGUUUGGUAAAAUAACAUCCUACAUAUUCAUGUGUUUAAGCAUUGCUGAAGGAACACUAAUUAUUGUAUUUAUAAAUUAUUUAUUUUUAAAAAAGGAAAGAAUUUCAAAUUUCAACUAAUUUUCCUAAUCUUAUUUUUGGGCAAUUUUUGGAUUAAUAAUUUGGUAAAAGGUAAUUAUUAUAUAAAUUAAUUAGAUAAUCUAAUUAUUUAUUUAUGAUUGGAAGCUAAGAAUAGGGAUAGUUAUAUUUCUAUAUAUCUAUUAUGUAUUCAGAGUAGAGAGUGAAUUAUUCAUGAAAGUAAUUAUUGACUCUAUAAUAGGAAAUAGUAAAAGUAAUAGCGUAUAUAUGUUUGGAGAUUAUUUACAUUAUAGAUGCUGAAUUAAAAAACUACUCUUAAUAUUAAUUUGAAAAUAAUAUGUAAUUUAGAAACAAUAAAGAAGAGAUUUAAUUUAUGAUCCCAUAAGUUUAAAUGUAGACUCAAUAAUAGAUUCUAGAAAUUAUUACUAAUUAAUUUCCAAUAAUUAUUUUUGAUUAAACAAAAGAAUUACUCCAUAUUUCAGGAGUAGGAUUAAAAUAAUUAUAAAUGGAAGAUGAUUCUAAUAAAGUAGAUUUAGUUUCUGCUGAAAUAAAAUUAAGAAAAAUGGAAGUAAUUUAACUAUUUUCAACUAAUCCAUAAUUAAAGGAUAAUUUGGUAUAAUUAAAAAGACUAGCUAAAUUUGGAUCAACUUGUGGAACUAAUGAAAAAGGAGAACUGUUACAUUCUCUAUUGAAUGGACCAGCUCUAUAAUAAUUAAGAAUUUUAAGAUAGCCUCAAGAGAAUUAAAGAAUAAUACAUUACAAUCCAGAUGGUGUAUUAGAAUAAUUACUUAAUAAUUUAAUUAAUGAUUAGUAGACAGAAUAUAAAGGAAUAUCUAAAUUUAAUCUACCUAAAAAUUAAUCAAAAUAUUUCUAAUUUACUUUGCUUAAAGUAUCUAAAGGAGAGAGUUUUUAAAUAUUCUUAAUUCUAGAAGAUGUAACUUAAAUAUAUUAAGAUAUAAAUUUAAACUAGAAAUAUCAAGAAGAAGAAGAUCUUCCAAAUAUAUGUUAAGAAUUUAGAUAAUUGUUAUUUACUUAAUAAAAUUUAUAGAUUCCUCUCAAAUUACUAAAUAUUGAAAUAAAAAAUACUCUCAAGUAUUCAAAAACUCAAUAUUUAGAAGAGGACUAAUUAAAUGUUGAUAAUUUAAUUAAUUAAUUAGAAACUAAGUUUUAGAAUUAAAUUAAUCCUAAUAUUAAAUUAUUAUUCAAAAAUAAUUUGAAUGUGAAUAAUGGAGAAUUCAAAACAGAUCAAUUAAGAUUAAUGUAAAUGCUUCAAAUUCUUAUAAGCAAUAGCAUAAAUAAUACAAAAGAAGGAUUUAUAAAAAUAAUUAUUGAAGAUGAUAAGAGAUAAAACUCUAUCUAAAUAUCUAUUGAAGAUACUGGUAAAGGAAUUAAUUAGGAAAUUAUUGAAGAAAAAUUUAAUAAGAAUUAAAUUCGAUCUUUAUAAAUAGUUAAUUAUUUAAGUAAAUUAUUGGGUCCUUUAUUUUAUUGUAAGAAAAUAACAGGAUAAGUUGCUAAUAAAGGUUUGAGAAUUAAAUCUUUAUAAGAUUGUGGAACGAGUAUAUCUUUUUCAAUCAGAAAUUUAGCUUUGGAUGAAUUCAAUACAUAAUUCAUAAUUGAUGAAGAAGUACAUUAAGAUGAAAUGGAUUUAGAUGUAGAUGAAGAUGAAAUUUUAGAGAGAUAUAUAAGAGAUGAUGAUCAAAUUUAAUAUUUAUAGAGAUUUAAUAAAGGACUUAGAUCAUUACUUAUUAAUAGGUAAUAAAUUCAAAAAAUUGCAAAACCAAUUAAUGUCAAUAAUAACAAAAAAUCAACAAAAUUAGUUGGUAUGAUGAAACUUCAAGAAUUGGGAAGAUUGAAAAACAUUCAAUAAUAAAAUGGAUCUUGUCAAUGUAAUCAAAAAUUAAUUAUUAAUUCAAAUUAAGAUUUUGAAAUAGUACUUAAGCAACAUGCUUAAGAUAAUAUUUCAUUUAUAAAUGAAUAAGACUCAUUCAAAUACAUUAAUUUAACUCUUAGGGAAAAAAAAUGUUUGAACAAUUCAUGUUAAUUGUAUAAAUACAUAAUUAUCAAUUGCCAUAAACCAAAUUUCAACUAUAGAGAGUAAUUAUAUUUACAACUAUUUAUAGUUUAAUCACAAAAAUUCUUGGUGUUAACAAUAACUUCAAAAUUAUUGUAUUGAUAUAUA